AUGGCGAUGCCAUCAGCUGCUGUCAACGCUGCGUCCGUGACAACGAUCCCCAACAGCAUGUGGCAGUCGCCCCGUCUCAUUCAAGAAGGGUCACUCGUCAUUCUCUUUGAGACGCACCAGUCUGUCACGUACUGCUACGCGCAGCGCGAGGCGAUUUACCAGAACCGCCACGGCGCGUUCUAUCACAACGAUAUGAUUGGCCAACCAUUUGGGUCUAAAAUUAGGUCGCGACUUCAAACACAACAGGGGUGUGGGUAUCUGAUUCUCUUGGCCCCUACCCCUGAGCUCUGGAGCCGGGCGCUCCGGCAUCGGACUCAGAUUGUUUUUACAUUGGACGCCAGCGCCAUCACGUUCGCCGCGGCUCUUCGCUCCGGAUCGCGCGUGAUCGAGUCGGGGACGGGCAGCGGUGCCCUCACGACGAGCUUUGCACGGACAGUCGCGCCUCAUGGCCGCGUCUUUUCCUUUGAAUUCAAUGCGCAUCGAGCUGAGGUUGCGCGUCAAGAGUUUCAGCGCAAUGGACUCGGGAGCGUCAUCACUGUCGAGUGUCGAGACGCGUGCGCGCAAGGGUUCCCUGAAGAGUUGGAGAGCUCAAUUGACAUGGUGUUUCUGGACUUGCCGUGUCCCUGGACUGCAGUCAACCACGCGGCAAAGAUGUUGAAACAAGGGGGAUUCUUUGCGUCCUACUCGCCGUGCAUUGAGCAAGUACAAAAGACGUGCGACGCACUGCGAAGUGCGAAUUUUGAGUUGAUCCGGACGAUUGAAACGCGGUUGGUGCCGUACAAUUCGCGGCGGAUCGACCUGCCCGUGCCGGACUUUGGAUUUGAAAAGCAGAAGGACGCAGUCAAUGGAACUGUCUCAGCGGAAGAGCUAACGGUAGACUUGGGCCAAGAUGGAGGUGACUUGAAAGCGGUACAGACGAAGCGGACAAAGAUCGUUGACCGCAAGCGCAAGUAUGUGCCUGGAGGUGUUGGAGAGUUCAUCGUGGCAAAAAAGGACGACGAGAUCCGUGGACACACGGCGUAUCUUACGUUUGCUACUAAGUUUUUUGAGUGA